AUGGCGGCGGCGCGGCGGGUGCAGCUGUUCUACGAUGUGGUGUCGCCCUACUCCUGGCUCGCCUUCGAGGCACUAUGUCGCUACCAGCACAUUUGGAACGUUGAUCUACAUUUGCGUCCUGCUGUCCUUGGAGGCAUAAUGAAGGAGACAGGUAAUCAGGCCCCAGCUAUGUUGCCCAAACGUGGGGAGUACAUGAUGAAAGAUAUAAAGAGGAUGGCAAAGUAUUAUCAAGUCCCGCUCCAGAUUCCCAAGGAUUUCUUUGAAAGUAUGGUGAAAAAAGGCAGCCUUUCUGCCAUGCGCUUUCUCACAGCUGUUGAUAUGAUACAACCACAAUUUCUAGAGCCUAUGUCGAGAGAGCUAUGGAUGCGCAUCUGGUCCCGUGAUGAAGAUAUCACCCAGCCAGACAGUAUUUUGGAUGCUGCAAGGAAGGCUGGGCUGUCCUCAGAGCUGGCCCAGCAGCUACUAGAAAUGAUACUGUCCCCUGAAGUAAAGAAUCGCUUAAAGGAGGUAACAGAAGAGGCACUAAAAUAUGGGGCAUUCGGGAUGCCAACUGUUGUGAUCCAUCUUAAUGGUGAACCUCAACUCUUCUUUGGUUCUGAUCGCCUAGAGCUGCUGAGUUCUGUUUUAGGAGAGAAAUGGCUGGGACCAGUUCCUGCAUCUCCAAAUCCCAAGUUGUGAUAAAUUCAGGUGUAAUAUGUGAAAAGCAGAAGACAAAUAACAGUUUUCAAUAAAUAAAGCAAUAAUGCCUGUUACAAAGACAUAGCAUCUAUCAUGCAGAGGGGCAGGAGAAGAGUAGCAGUAUUUCAUUGGGGACCUCUGUAAGAAGGCUCCAGAUUUUCCAAGGUCUAAGCUCAGUUUCAUAAGUGCAGAGCCUUUCAGCAGGUAACAGUGAUCUCUUCAACUUCUCCUCCUUAGGGACAGGUUUUCAAGGCAGGAUGGGAUCAUGGUAGCACUAAGUAAUAAUACAUUCUAAUGGUAAUAGCGCAGCUUUGGUUGGCUGAUGAGUUUGAGUAAAGUUCUGUGUCACUGCUGGACUGCAUGCUGAAAGUAGUUUUCAGUCUGGCUGAAAACAGUUAAACCAAUUUCACCCCCUGCAGAGAGCGGGGUGAGAGGUUCCUAUCUCAGUCUGCUCAGUGCAGACAGUAUUUGGUGAUCAGUGAACUAGCUGAGGAAAUUGUAAGUUACAGCUGCAAACUCACCCAUCCUAUCUACAGGGCCAUGAGUUCUGUCAUUGCAGUGCCUUUUGCGUAUGUGUGUAAUCCAUGAAUUGUCAUGUUAUUACCCUCACUUCAACACUCAUUUUGAUUUCCUAUAUGAUUUAUCAUAUUGUGAUUUGUUUCUGUCUUCUGUCAUUAUCAUAAAUAAGUUUCAUCAUGUUAACCUGGAAGUUUUGUAUUUUGGGAUGUACUGGCUGUUAAUCCCAAAACGUAAAAUACUACUAUAAAAUUACUUUGUCAAAACAAUA